UUUUUCCACACAGUCUCCUCCUCCGUCUACUUGGGCUCUGAUUGACAAUAAUGGCGACGCGUUUGUCUUGAGUUUCUGCUACAACGAACCACCUUAAAAUACUUAAUCAGAGACGGAAAUUCACAAAUCUAUUAUACUGGUGCAAACAUGAGAAAGAUUCAUUCGCAAAAAGGACACUAGACAGGUAAAUGUUUUCGUGGAGAGGGUGGAAUGAAGUUCUGCCGCUGAAUUUUUGUGGAAAGCAAUACAAAGAUCUCCCAUUCCGUGCUGGUUAACUAGCUUGCUGGCUAGCUAACGUUAGGUAGCAUUGAAAAAAGAGUGAUUUUCCUAGGAAGGUAAAACAACGAAAACGGGGGGUUCGGAACGUUUUUUUGUGAACUGCUACAGAAAAACCGGUGACGAGAAGAAGUUUGGAAAAUAAAACGCUUGCCAUCCAAGCAUACUUUGUUUUGAAAGCUUCAGUCAGUAGCAGCACCCCCAUUUUGAGUCAGGCCCCCCGUUUUAAAGGGAUACCGUUAGCUACUUCUUGGAAAGGAGAAUAACUAGAAAUCAAGAUAGCUGUAGGUGCUUUGAAAUCGCGUAGUGUUAUGUUAAUGGUAUCGGUAUAAUUUUCUAAGCAUUCAGUUAUUCUGCUUCCUGGCGAAGAUCACACAUGAAGGCUGGCUAUCAAUAGUCUAGUAAGUUACCUUACCGUUAGCGUUAAUGAGUAAAGUUUUGCAACUUCGAGGUGUUAUUUUGUUUAUCGCCAGCUGGGUGAACAUUAGCGAGAUAUUCAAACCCUGAUAUCUAAUUUAACUGCUGAUAAAACCUCUUUCGAUUUCAAAAUACGUUAACGUUCUAUUAAGAUACAUUUAUCUGUCAAGCGAGUUGCCUUUAUUUGUUGUCUAGGUCGCCGUUAGCUAGCUAGCAUAACUAGUAAUGCUGUCAUCUUAGUGUUCAGCUUCCUGUACAGUUAGCUUGUACUGUAGUGCUAUUACUAAGUCAUAUUCUAAACAGUUGGCAAGUGUCUGUUUAGCAAACGAGUCUGACAUUUCGGAUGCAUUGCGUUUCUUUUCGCUGGUAACGUUGGCUAGCAAGAUGCUGUGAAAUUGUUGAAUUUCCAGUCGUGGAAGACCUCUGAAUACGGAAAAAGCAGUCAGGUGUGGGUAACGUUAAGCUAACGUGGCGAGUUCAGCGAACGUUGUCAAGUUAGCACUUAACGCCAGGUAUCUGGAUUUUGUUCAAUUUAACGCAACCAGACACUCAUUUGCAGCGGCCAGGCGCGUGUUAGCUAGCCAGGAAACUAAAUGCGCAGCGUUAGAAAACAUCCAGUCCUACACACCUAAGUAAAAACUGGCAAUAAUCUCUCUUGAGGUAUCUGCUCGUAAAUGACCACCGGCAGGAAUAACCGUGUCAUGAUGGAAGGCGUUGGUGCUAGAGUGAUCCGAGGACCGGACUGGAAGUGGGGGAAACAGGACGGCGGAGAGGGCCACGUCGGGACAGUGCGGAGUUUUGAAAGUCCAGAGGAAGUGGUGGUGGUCUGGGACAACGGGACUGCGGCCAACUACCGCUGCUCCGGGGCUUACGACGUACGGAUAUUCGACAGUGCGCCUACAGGUAUCAAGCAUGACGGGACCAUGUGCGACACCUGCCGCCAGCAGCCCAUCAUCGGCAUCCGCUGGAAGUGCGCCGAGUGCACCAACUACGACCUCUGCACCACCUGUUACCACGGAGACAAGCACCACCUGCGCCACCGCUUCUACCGGAUCACCACCCCGGGGAGCGAGAGAGUCCUGCUGGAAUCCCGCCGGAAGUCUAAGAAGAUCACGGCCCGGGGAAUAUUCACCGGGGGGCGCGUCGUGCGGGGCGUGGACUGGCAGUGGGAGGACCAGGACGGGGGCAAUGCAAGGAGGGGCAAGGUGACCGAGAUCCAGGACUGGAGCGCGGCCAGCCCGCACAGCGCGGCCUACGUCCUGUGGGACAAUGGAGCCAAAAACCUGUACAGAGUGGGCUUCGAGGGAAUGUCUGACCUGAAAUGUGUCCAAGAUGCCAAGGGCGGCUCCUUUUAUCGAGACCACUGCCCCGUGUUGGGCGAGCAGAACGGGAACCGCAACCCGGGCGGGCUGCAGAUCGGCGACCUGGUCAACAUCGACCUGGACCUGGAGAUCGUGCAGUCGCUGCAGCACGGCCACGGCGGCUGGACCGACGGCAUGUUCGAGACGCUCACCACCACCGGCAACGUGUGCGGCAUCGACGAGGACCACGACAUCGUGGUUCAGUACCCCAGCGGGAACAGGUGGACCUUUAACCCUGCGGUGCUGACCAAGGCGAACGUGGUGCGCAGCGGGGAGGCGGCGGCCGGGGCGGAGGGGGGCAGCUCCCAGUUCAUGGUGGGAGACCUGGUGCAGAUCUGCUACGACAUCGACCGCAUAAAGCUCCUGCAGAGAGGCCACGGCGAGUGGGCCGAAGCCAUGCUCCCGACCCUGGGGAAGGUGGGCCGGGUGCAGCAGAUCUACUCUGACAGCGACCUGAAGGUGGAGGUGUGCGGGACGUCCUGGACGUACAACCCUGCCGCCGUCACCAAGGUGGCCCCUGCGGGCUCUGCUGUCACCAACGCCUCCGGAGAGCGCCUCUCGCAGCUGCUGAAGAAGCUGUUCGAGACCCAGGAGUCGGGCGACAUCAACGAGGAGCUGGUCAAAGCGGCGGCCAACGGGGACCUGGCCAAGGUGGAGGACAUCAUGAAGAGGCCGGACGUGGACGUGAACGGGCAGUGCGCUGGACACACGGCCAUGCAGGCGGCCAGCCAGAACGGCCACGUCGACGUCCUCAAGCUGCUGCUCAAACACAACGUGGACCUGGAGGCCGAGGACAAGGACGGGGACAGGGCGGUGCACCACGCUGCGUUCGGCGAUGAGGGCUCCGUGAUCGAGGUGCUCCAGCGGGGCGGCGCCGACCUCAACGCUCGAAACAAGCGGCGGCAGACCCCGCUGCACAUCGCCGUCAACAAGGGCCACCUGCAGGUGGUGAAGACGCUGCUGGACUUCGGCUGCCACCCCAGUCUCCAGGACUCAGAGGGAGACACCCCCCUUCACGAUGCCAUCAGUAAGAAGCGGGACGACAUGCUGUCUGUGCUGUUGGAGGCGGGGGCUGACGUCACCAUCACCAAUAACAACGGUUUCAACGCCCUGCACCACGCAGCACUACGCGGGAACCCCAGUGCCAUGCGGGUCCUGCUCUCCAAAUUGCCCCGCCCCUGGAUUGUGGACGAGAAGAAGGACGAUGGCUACACCGCUCUGCACCUGGCCGCCCUCAACAACCACGUGGAGGUGGCUGAGCUUCUGGUGCACCAGGGGCGAUGCCAGCUGGACAUUCAGAACGUGAACCAGCAGACGGCGCUGCACCUGGCCGUGGAGAGGCAGCACACGCAGAUCGUACGGCUGCUGGUGCGGGCGGAAGCCAAGCUGGACGUCCAGGACAAGGACGGGGACACGCCCCUGCACGAGGCGCUCCGCCACCACACGCUGUCCCAGCUGCGCCAGCUGCAGGACAUGCAGGACGUCAGCAAGGUGGAGCCCUGGGAGCCCUCCAAAAACACACUGAUCAUGGGCCUGGGCACCCAGGGGGCGGAGAAGAAGAGCGCGGCCUCCAUCGCCUGCUUCCUGGCGGCCAACGGGGCCGACCUGACCAUCCGCAACAAGAAGGGCCAGUCCCCGCUGGACCUCUGCCCCGACCCCAGCCUCUGCAAGGCGCUGGCCAAGUGCCACAAGGAGAAGAGCAGUGGUCAGGUGGGCUCUCGCAGUCCCUCUCUCAACAGUAACAACGAGACCCUGGAGGAGUGCAUGGUCUGCUCGGACAUGAAGAGGGACACCCUGUUCGGCCCCUGCGGCCACAUCGCCACCUGCUCCCUCUGCUCCCCCCGCGUCAAGAAGUGUCUCAUCUGCAAGGAGCAGGUCCAGUCCAGGACCAAGAUUGAGGAGUGUGUUGUGUGUGUGUGUGUGCACGCGUGUGUGUGUGCGUUUUCUGUACCCUGAAUGUGUAUCUCUCCCCUCAGAUUGAGGAGUGUGUUGUGUGUGUGUGUGCGCGUGCGUGUGUGUGCGUUUUCUGUACUCUGAAUGUGUAUAUCUCCCCUCAGAUUGAGGAGUGUGUUG